UAUCUCUCAUUUCACUCUAUACAUAGAGAAAUCCCAAAUCAACUUAUUUCAAUAUUUUGAUUCAUGGCUACUAAUUUGAGGGUACUAAUGUUUCCAUGGUUAGCUUAUGGACACAUUUCACCAUUUCUAAACAUAGCCAAGCAACUCGCGGAUAGAGGAUUCUUGAUUUACCUCUGUUCCACGCGAAUCAAUCUUGAAUCCAUCAUCAAGAAAAUCCCUGAAAAGUAUGCUGAUUCGAUUCAUCUUAUCGAACUUCAAUUGCCAGAAUUACCCGAACUUCCUCCUCAUUACCAUACGACGAAUGGCCUCCCACCCCAUCUCAAUCCCACCCUUCAUAAGGCCCUGAAAAUGUCCAAACCAAACUUUUCGAGAAUCUUGCAAAAUCUGAAACCUGAUUUAUUGAUUUACGAUGUAUUGCAGCCGUGGGCUGAACAUGUUGCGAAUGAACAAAACAUUCCAGCAGGUAAGCUGCUAACUUCGUGUGCAGCUGUGUUUUCGUAUUUUUUCAGCUUUCGAAAGAAUCCAGGGGUUGAAUUCCCUUUCCCUGCUAUUCAUCUCCCGGAAGUUGAGAAAGUAAAGAUCAGAGAAAUACUCGCGAAAGAACCUGAAGAAGGGGGUCGUCUAGACGAGGGAAAUAAGCAAAUGAUGUUGAUGUGUACGUCUAGAACUAUCGAGGCUAAAUACAUAGAUUACUGCACUGAAUUGUGCAAUUGGAAAGUUGUUCCAGUUGGUCCACCAUUCCAAGAUUUGAUCACUAAUGAUGCGGACAACAAGGAGCUUAUCGAUUGGCUUGGAACAAAACAUGAAAAUUCAACUGUUUUCGUCUCCUUUGGGAGUGAGUAUUUCUUGUCAAAAGAAGAUAUGGAAGAAGUAGCUUUCGCGCUGGAGUUAAGUAAUGUUAAUUUCAUAUGGGUUGCAAGAUUUCCGAAAGGUGAAGAGCGAAAUCUCGAAGAUGCAUUACCAAAAGGUUUUCUUGAAAGAAUUGGAGAAAGGGGAAGAGUUUUGGACAAAUUUGCACCACAACCAAGAAUUCUAAAUCAUCCGAGCACCGGAGGAUUUAUAAGUCAUUGUGGUUGGAAUUCAGCAAUGGAAAGUAUAGAUUUCGGGGUUCCUAUAAUCGCAAUGCCUAUUCAUAAUGAUCAACCUAUAAAUGCUAAGUUGAUGGUAGAAUUGGGAGUCGCGGUGGAGAUUGUUAGAGAUGAUGAUGGGAAAAUUCACAGAGGAGAAAUCGCGGAAACUCUUAAAAGUGUCGUAACAGGGGAAACAGGGGAAAUUUUGAGGGCUAAAGUGAGAGAAAUCAGCAAGAAUUUGAAAUCUAUAAGAGAUGAAGAGAUGGAUGCUGUUGCUGAAGAGCUAAUUCAACUUUGUAGGAAUAGUAAUAAGAGCAAAUAAUGUGUUAUGUUAUGAUUCGAUUUACAAAAUUAUAUUGUAUUUGUGGUGCUUUGUUUGUCUUCGAAAUAUAUCGAGGUUGAA